AUGAAGGCCUGGACAUGGAGGAGAGGAGGGCGCCUGGAGCCGCGGGGAUGGGACGGGAAGGAGGGGAUUGAGAUUCCCACGGCUGGGGAGGGAGAGCUGUUGGUUCGCGUGCAUGCUGCGUCCCUGAACCCGAUCGACUGGAAGACGAUGGAUGGCGCGCAUGACUGGCUUCUUCGGAUGCGAUGGCCGCGCGUGCCAUGCUUCGACUUCUCUGGGGAGGUCGUAAAGGUUGGAGGAGCAGGAGCAGGAGGGCGGUGGAAGGAAGGUGACCGAGUCUUCGGUAUGAUCCGAGGCCUCCCACAGCUGGGCAGGGGAGCGCUGGCAGAGUACAUGGUAGUGGACGAGGACGUUUGCGCUGCCUGCCCUCCCUCCUUCUCCCAUGUGGACUGCGCGAGCCUCCCCCUCGUUGCCAUCACAGCCCUCAAGGCCUUCCGAGCCUGCAGGCUGCAGGAGCGAUCGCAGGAUCACCCGCGCGUGCUGGUGGCGGGAGGAGCAGGAGGCGUCGGCACAGUGGCGAUCCAGAUCGUUCGCAACAUGAUGGGAGCGGAGGUGGUGGCGACAGCGUCGCCGGGGAGGAAGACGACCCUGUGCGAGGAGCUGGGAGCUAGGGUGGUGAACUACCACGAGGAGUGGGUGAAGAAGCUGGAGGAGGAGGGCUGCAGCUUCGACGUCGUGCUUGACUGUGUUGGGGACGCCAAGAGGUGCGCGCGGCUGCUCAAGGAGGGGGGUAGUCUCUGCUCAAUCGUAGCUGGGGGAACGCAGGACGCUCUUCUGACCUGGCUCGACGACGCAAGGGUGGAUCCCCGAAGCAUCACCAUGGGGGUGGAGGUGGUGUUGAGGAGCAGCUGGGGAGGGCAGCUGGUGGAAUUCUUCUCAGGUGCUGCUGGGCUGAGGUCGCUGUGCAGGAGGAGGGGCGGCAGUUUCUUUCACGUCAUCGGGGCAGGGGACGGGGAGCUGAUGGGGGUCCUGGCGGAGGCGAUGGGGAGGGGUCAGGUGAAGCCGGUCAUCGACUCGGUGUUCAGCUUCGAGGACGCUCUCGCCGCCUUCGCCAAGUCCAGGGAGGGACAUGCGGGAGGAAAGAUAGUGGUGGAGAUAAGAAAGUAG